AUGGCCUCAGUUGAGCUGCGCCACGGCACGCUGCCCUUUCUGGCCCGGCGGCUCCGACAGCUCUUGGACUUCCUUUCGCCCGGGCUUUUUUUGCAAAACGACACCGCUUCGCUCGUGGCCUCGGUGGAAAAAGCACUUCCUUCUUCGCUAUCCAGCGCUGAAUUGCUCCUGCUAGUCGCCGAACUGGCGGCAGCACGGGUGGUUUUCUUCCCUGAUUACGCGCUUUUGGCAGGCAGAAUCGAGGCUUUCAGAACUCAGCGGCUCGUGGAGGCCGAUUUUGCUGAGAAUUUCCAGCUUUUGGCAUCCUAUGUUCAUCCCAAAACGCGCCAGCCACAUCCGCUUGUGGACGUGGAAAUCGCCCGAUUCGUGCAUUCCCACGCUGACUUCCUCAAUGGGCUUGUGGUGCCGAAACGUGACUUCGAUUUGGCCUACUUUGGCAUGAAAACGCUCCAGAAGGCGUAUCUUCUAAGGAUGAACGAUAUCGUCGCUGAAACGCCCCAGUACAUGUUUCUCCGUGUGGCCGUGGGCAUACACUAUAAGGGGGAUCUGACCGAUUUGGACAGAAUCGCCGAAACCUACACCCUCAUGUCCAAACGGUACAUGAUCCACUCGCUGCCUACCUUAUUCAAUGCUGCUACUCCCAAUAACUUUCUCCUGCUGUGCUUUCUUGUGGCCAUGGAGGACGACUCCAUCGACGGCAUCUACAGAACCUUGCACAAAACGGCCCUUAUCUCCAAGGGAUCCGGUGGAAUCGGGCUCCAUGUUCACAAUAUCCGCUCCAACGGGUCCCUCAUCAAAACGUCCAACGGCACCUCCAGCGGGCUCGUGCCGAUGUUGCGUGUUUUCAACAACACGGCCCGUUACGUGGACCAGGGCGGAAACAAAAGACCCGGUGCCAUUGCCGUGUAUAUCGAGCCCUGGCACGCUGACAUUGAAGAUGUGCUUGAUUUGCGAAAGAACCAUGGCAAAGAGGAGGCUCGAGCCCGGGACCUCUUUUACGCUCUUUGGGUGCCCGACUUGUUCAUGAAGAGGGUCAAGGAAAACGGCUUGUGGUCGCUUUUCUCGCCAGACGAGGCUCCAGGGCUUUCUGAGGUCCACGGUGAAGAAUUUGAAAAGCUCUUCCUUGAGUACGAAUCGCAGGGACUCGCUGUCAAGACCAUGGAGGCCCAGAAAUUGUGGUCCCAGAUUCUCGAGUCUCAGACGGAAACGGGCAUGCCGUUCAUGCUUUACAAGGAUCUGUGCAAUCAAAAGCUGAACCAGAAGAACCUCGGCACGAUCAAGUCCUCGAAUUUGUGCUGUGAAAUCGUCGAAUACUCGUCUCCAGAGGAGAUUGCUGUGUGCAAUUUGGGCCUGUUGGCGCUUCCUUCGUUCGUGGACCAUAGCGACUCGAAAACGGUUUCGUACGAUUUCGAUAAACUCCACCUGGUGACAAAAACGCUAGCCAGAAACUUGGACGCUGUCAUCGACGCCACAAAAUACCCAGUCCCCGAAUCUGAGGUGUCCAACAAGAAACACCGCCCAAUAGCUAUAGGCGUCCAGGGUCUUGCUGAUGUCUUCUUGGAACUUCGUAUUCCGUUCGACUCGCCGGAAGCUGCCAAACUCAAUAGAAGAAUAUUCGAAACCAUCUACCACGGUGCGGUUGAAAGUUCCCUCGAGUCAGCCAUCAGAGAAAGUCCAUAUGAGUCUUUCCAAGGCUCUCCAGCGUCCAAGGGCCUUCUACAGUUCGACUUGUGGAAUCUGAAACCAGAAUUUUUUGACGACUGGGACGACUUAAAAGAGAAAAUCAAGCAAUAUGGCCUUCGAAACUCCCUUCUUUGUGCCCCUAUGCCCACGGCGUCCACUUCCCAGAUUUUGGGUUUCACUGAGUGCUUCGAGCCUGUGACCUCUAAUAUAUACCUGCGCCGUGUGCUUUCCGGUGAGUUCCAGGUCGUGAAUAAGUACCUUUUGAGGGAUCUAAUUGAUCUAGGCAUCUGGACCCCUGCCAUGAAGGACCGAAUUAUCAUGGACAACGGCCUGAUUCAAGAUAUCCAGGGCAUCCCUCUGGAACUCAAAAAGCUCUAUAAGACGGUCUGGGAAAUCAGCCAAAAAGUCAUUGUGGACAUGGCUGCAGACCGCGGUCGCUUCAUCGACCAGCUGCAAAGCAUGAACAUCUUUUUGCAGAAUCCUACUUUUGGCAAGCUCACAUCUUGCCACUUUUAUGCCUGGGAGAAGGGCCUCAAAACGGGAAUGUAUUAUUUGAGGACGCAAGGAGCAGCCAGAGCAAUCCAGUUCACCAUCGACCACGAAAAGGUGCUUGAAGAAACUUCAAGAGGCGCCACACCGAUCUCGACGAAGCUCGAUCGUAAAGUUUAUGUCGAGAAACGGCCAACCAAGAGAUCCCUGAAUGAGCUAGAGAUUGGAAACAUCUCCACGGCCCGACCUCCAAAAGUUGCGAGGGUUUUCAUGCUAAGCAAAGAACCAGUGAGACCUUCCCCCACACGAUACAACGAUACCCAAACGACAAACUCCUCAACGAUUGACGAUAGAAACUCCGACUCAUAUGACAUAUACUCCGACACGCCCGUCUCAUGCAAUUUGAGCGACCCAGAAAACUGCGAUGCGUGCUCCGGUUAA